AUGGAUUAAAUGAAAUUGGAUUCAAGGGAGGUGGAUUCAAGGGAAGUGGAACUGUUAAUUACUUUCAAUCCUUCUAAAGAAAAAAACAGAACUUCUUUACAAAUCUAAGAAGGUGUAGUGUUAGAGGAAUUAAUUGAGUUUCUCCAGUUAUAUAAAAACAUUGAGUUUAAGAACUUUUAAUGCUAUUCUGAGUAAAAAUAAUAAAAUUUGAAACUUGAUGAGAACUUUAAAUAUGUGAAAGAGAUGGAUACUUUAAUAAUUUCAGCAGAAAUAGAGUUUAUUGUUGAAUUAGAUAUUGGAGGCGUUAUAGAAAACAAAUUAGUGAGACUGUCGUAAUUAGAUACAAUUAAGGACCUUAAAGAAAAUCUUUAGAAGUAUUUAAAUGAAGGAUCUAAAUAAGAAUAAAUAAAUUUUGAAAUUUAUAAAGAUGGUUUUCUAUAAACCGAUGAAGGAAUCACUAUAUAUAAUUUGCUUAAUUUAAAAGAGAAUUUAAUUCAACCAAAAAUUAAAGCUAAAUCCAAUAAUUAAAACUGCUUGUGUUCGGAACAAAAUAACAAAAAAAGCUCAAAUAAAUAAGAAAUAGUGUAAAUGUAAACUGAUUCUCAAUUAUCUGAAUUAUAAUUACUGAAAGAGUUGAUCAACUCAAAAUUCAAAAUUUUAGAAAUGUCAUUAAUGAAAACGUUAGAAGAAUCACAAAAAAAAAUUUUGAAAGAAUUAGAAUUUUAUGAGAGAGAUAUUAGAGUUUAAAAAUAAUUAUAAAAGGAAUCGAAUAUAAAUAACUCUGAUUGGAUUUAUUAAAAAUUUAAAUCAUUUAAAGAAUAUAAGAAGAAUUGCUUGGAACAUGUAUAAUUUAUAGUUAUAGGGUUAAAGAAGUUUUAAUUUAAUUUAUUAAAGGAAUAAGAAAAGAUUAAUUAACAAUAUAAAAAAGAUGCUAUUCCACCAAAAAAAUUAAUGAAAAAAUAAUAGAGCAAUGUUAAUACAAAAAACAAACUAUAAAAUUUACAAGUGGAAAUCGCACCUAAUACUACUUUUAAUGAAUUAAUUGAGUAUUUUUAAUGGUGUUAUCCUAUUGAAUUUAAUUAAUACACUUAAGUUUUUGGUCCAACAAAAUAUUGGAGAGGAUUUUCACAAGAAGAAAUUAAGGAUGUGAGUCUCUCAGAUAGUAUCGAUUAAUAUCAAGGCAAUAAAAUCAAAUUUGGUCCAUUUCACAUAAUUCGACCAAUAUUCAGAAAAGAUUCUUUUUUAGCAAUGAUUAAUAUGUAUGGAUUAAAAAAUGAAUGUCAAGUUUGA